CCUCUUGUUCAACAGUUGAGGAUUGCCGGCGGUCAGGCAACCGAGAAACCUGAAGGUUUCUACUAAAUUCAACAAGGAUACUCGAUUAUUUUGAUUUCAGUCACCGCCAGCAGGACUUAUCAACAUGGUGGUGGUAGCAGCAGGGACCGGAGGGUCUCACAAAGUGCUCCUGAUUUCCGGGAAACAGGCCGGCUCCUCCAGCGGCUCACAGUCAGGCUUCAGCCGGCCCAUCUCAGUCGUUUUACCGUCAUCGGCUUCUCCGGCGUCGUCGGAUUCAGACUCCAACUCAUCUGCGGGGCCGCCGAUACGAAAACGACAAAGACUCACACACUUGAGUCCGGAGGAGAAAGCACUUCGCAGGAAACUCAAGAACAGAGUCGCAGCUCAGACAGCCAGAGACAGGAAAAAGGCCAAAAUGGGGGAGCUGGAACAGCAAGUCCUGGAGCUGGAGCUGGAGAACCAGAAACUUCACAUUGAAAACAGACUGCUUCGGGAAAAAUCGAACGGCCUGCUGACAGAAAACGAGGAACUGAGACAGAGACUUGGGUUGGACACCCUCGACUCAAAGGAGAAGGUUCAGGGUUUGUUAUCCAUCGGGAAUGACGCAGGUUUGGGGAUCGGGUCUUCUGAGUCCGCAGCACUCAGGCUACGUGUGUCCGCAGCAGGUGCAGGCCCAGCAGUCCCUAAAUCUGAAGACUUCACAAUGGAUACAGAUGGUCCUGACACUACAGACAAUGAGUCUGAUUUGCUGCUGGGCAUUCUGGACAUCCUUGACCCAGAGCUGUUCCUCAAGUCUUGUGAACAGGAGUGCCAGGAGCCGCAGGUGCUGCUGGUCGGAGGGGGGGACCCAAUACCUGCCGCCGCACCUGCGACUCUGGGGGCCGCAUCAGUUAAGCUGGAGGCCCUUAAUGAACUGAUCCACUUUGACCACAUCUACACCAAGCCCGUGGAGGAGGUGAGCGGCGGGCAGUGCAACGACUCAGAGAGCGACACAGAUGAGAAGAUAGACGGUGCGGCCUUCCCCAUCGCUGACAUUGUCGUGGUCGAGGAGGAGACCGUCUGCAUCAAGGACGAGCCGGAGGAAGUGGUCAUCCCCAGCUGUGACGCUCACAGUCAGGUGGACGACUUUUUCUCCGGAGCGUCCUCCCCCGCCCUCAGCGGCCUGGACAAGGAAGCCUGCCUUGCGGACACCUACAGCGACUCCGGAUACGAACGGUCCCCUUCCCCUUUCAGCGACAUGUCGUCUCCCCUGUGCUCAGAAAGCACCUGGGAGGACAUGUUCGCCAAUGAACUCUUCCCCCAGCUUAUCAGUGUCUGAACCAACCAUCCUCCCCAAUAACUUAUAAUGUAUAUACAUAUAAGAGCUGAUGUGUAGUGUUCAAAAACUACAGGUGAGCACACAACGCGUCAUAGUAACACAGAACACCACUCAGUCUGCUCCUACAGAGGCUGAAGUUAAGCAUAUAAUCUCCGAUUAUUACAGCAGGUCUGUACCACUGGCGAUGCUGCAUUGACUUUUGGGAGAUGGAGUUCAUGGCCGCUUAUUUUGGCAUCAUUUAAUUACCACAGAGAAUUUAAGAUUGAUUACAAAUCUUUCACUCACUGUUUUAGGAUGACGUGGGUGGAUUCCAGUGUUCCUGUAAAUUAAUAAGGGGGAAAGGGGGACAGAUCAUUUAAAUAUAACCUUUUUAUUUAUUUGUGUAUUCUGCUUCGGAGUCCUGUAUGUCCACAUGUAAAAACGCUUUCUUCUAAUUUGUUGUCGCUCUCUAUGUAGUCUAAUUACUGCAUUAAAAAAACUUUUUGCAUCGCA